AUUUUAUGCCACGUGUCAUCUUUCGGGAUAAUUUUUUUCCGCUGAUGUGGACGCCCUAUGGAGCCUCAAAAGCUCCCUUUUAUUAGUAGAGAUUUGUGUAAAUUCUUUCUUUUUUUUGUGCAACAAUUUGUGUAAGUUCUAAACUAAAUACUACAUAAGAUACAAAACUACCAUAAAUGUUUCAAAAACAAAGAUGUGAAUGGCGGGAAAAGAAAAGAAAACAUGUGAACAUGGUAUCAUCUGUAAUACGUGGCCCAAGAAAACUUAUUCAGCACAUGCUCCUCUGCUUCUUUUUUCCAGUAGUAAUUAAAUCAGUAUCAUCACUAUUAGUAGUAUUAAGCCAGGUAUGAAGUAACAAUAUCAUAUUUUGUAUAUGCUAAGAUGUGAAAAAUAAUACGGGAACGUACUAAUACUACUUUAUACAUGCGGGCAUGUAACAGGAUUAGCUUACGUUUUUUUUUUGUCAGCGGAUUAUCUUACUUUUGCUUUAACCACUUUUGUUUCUAGCAUGUUCUUGAGGAUUUCACAAAAUAUAAAAAUUAGAAUUUACACGUGAGUCUUUAUACUUUUAUUUUAAGUAAUCACACUAAAGUGACUACGGAGUUAUAUCUGUGUGACUGUGUGAAUAUCUUUUUGUUUAUUUGUUGUUAAUUUGAACUGUUUUUAUUUAAUUUUAGAUAGCUAUAGCCUAUAGCUAAAGUUAUCACGGUGGUCACUAAUUGUAUUUUCAUACAUCAAACUUCCAUGUUUGCGUACCAAAACUCAUACAAUCACCAUCGAGUAAUAUAUGUUUUGUUAAAUUUUAAAUUUAAUUUUACAAGAUUUUAAUAUUUUGAUAGCUAAAAAGAUUAUAUUAAAGCAAAAAUGUGGUAAUAAUUUUCAAAACUUGUCAACCUCAGUGAUUUGACUCAACUACUAACUAUGUUCACAUAAAUUCUGGCAAGAGUUGGGUACCUGUAGUUAAAAAUAUGUACUUUUUGAAAACAAUUUUUCAAAUAAUGUUUUAAAAAGUCGUUAAAUCCAGCGGCGAGGAAUUCGAAAUAAAAAUCCAACGAUGGAAAUAUAAUAAAACCAAAAACUGAGGGGUAUAUAUAACUGUAUAAUAUCCCUUCUACACAAUCCCACUGCUUACUCUCGAGAGACUAUUCCACUAAGUAAAAGAGAAGAGAGAAAAGGAGACUCGCUUCAAGUCAAGUAUUUAUCUUAUUUUAAGACUGGUCUUUUCGUGAGGUUAUGAACGUGGCAGUUAUAGGAUUAGUCGGACUGAGAAAAAUGGGGAGGAAGACGUGGGUCGACGGCGACGGGAUGAAGAAAGGAGAGUGGACGGCGGAGGAAGAUCAAAACCUUGUCGCUUACAUCAAUGAGCAUGGGGUCUCUGAUUGGCGUUCUCUUCCCAAAAGAGCUGGUUUGCAGAGAUGUGGAAAGAGCUGCAGGUUAAGGUGGCUUAAUUACCUAAGGCCUGGGAUUAAAAGAGGCAAAUUCACUCCUCAGGAAGAAGAAGAGAUCAUCAAACUUCAUGCUGUCCUCGGAAACAGGUGGGCAGCUAUUGCCAAGGAGAUGGAUAAUCGAACAGACAACGACAUCAAGAACCAUUGGAACUCUUGUCUCAAGAAAAGACUGUCGAGGAAAGGAAUUGACCCGAUGACCCACGAGUCUAUCAUCAAUAACCUCACCGUCACGAUCACUAACGAAGAAUGUGGUAGCUCUUCAAUAACUACAUUUUCUCCUACCUCAUCACCUUCCGGCUCGGCUUGUCUCCUGAACAAGCUCGCCACAGGUAUCUCAUCUAGACAACAUGAUCUCGACAAGAUUAAGAGCAUCUUGCUGGAGCCGAGAAUCGCAAGCAGUGACCAAGAUGAAAAAGAAGAGGUAAAAAGGGAUCACACGAUUGGUGGUGGUGAAGAAGGUGAUGAUUUUCUGAUAUGGGACGAUGAAGAAGUUAGGCGUUUUAUGGAGAGUGACGAAAUGGAGUACGGGACGACGCCGUACGUCUCUCUCUUUUACGAAAGUACUCACGUACUUGAUGACCUCCUCUGACUCCGUUCGGUACUAGUGUGUGCUGUUAGCAUAUGAUUUAUUGUUGCAACAAAGAAAAUUAAUGUGGACCACUUUGACCAAGAGAACGGUUGUUAAAAAAUGCAAGUAGCAUUACAAAAUACAAGAUGAAUUUUAGAAAAAUAAGUCGAGUCCAACGAUGACUGUUUCGUUUAGUACUAUUUAACAUGAGAUUUUCCAUGUUUCUGUUAAUGUGACAAGUCACAAGUCACACAACCAACCUAUUCCCAUUAUGUGCUGGAAAAACAUCUCGAAACAUAUAACCUACAGAAAUAUGUCCUGCGCCAUAUAUAUAUCGAAUAAAGAUGUAAAAGUGAAAUCUGUUGUUUUUAUCUUGCAAGUUGCAAGGGAUGGUUUUAAAUAACUUAAUUAAAAGUUUUUGGAUU